AUGCUCCACGGAGUUGGAUUGUUUAGUCGCGACCAAACAAAAACUUUGGAAAAAUUAGAACCCAUGUACAACCAAGCUAUACGUUGCAUCAGCGGCAGUUUUAAGAGUAGCCCUAUCCCCUCACUGAUGGCCGAAAGCGGCCAGCUACCGUUCAACUACAUACUCACAAAAGCUGUGUCUAUCAAGACCAUUCGAUGGUUGUCGCUGGAUCGGGAUCAGGAUAUUCCCAUGGUUCGUCGUGCCCAAACAUUCCUUAACAAAAUCCACGCAUCGAUACCCCCCAUCAGUCCACGAUACGACCCGAGAUUGCUCAAAUGGAAUGCAGGAACUCCUAAAGUAGACCUUUCCCUGCUUUCCAAAAUAAGGGCUGGCACAAACCCAGCGACGGUGUUGCCACAAUUCUACCAUCUUACUGAAAGCAAAUAUAAGAACGUUCCAAGAUUUUACACCGAUGGUUCGAAGACACCCGAUGGCAAAGUUGGGUGUGGUAUAACUGGUGAAAAUGUAAAUUUGGCACUGUCCCUGCCAUCUUUUUGCACCGUCUUCAGCUCCGAAGGACUAAACUGUUGUCCACCCACAGGAUCCGUUAUCUUUUCGGAUUCUGCCAGCGCAUUGAAAGCCGUAUCUGCAGAAAAUAUAAAGCACCCUUGGAUAGCUCAACUCUCAGAAGUCGCCAUCCAAAAAAAGAUAACCCUAUGCUGGAUUCCUGGACACUCUAAAAUUCCUGGCAAUGAGCAAGCUGAUCACCUUGCCUCGGCUGGAAGUCAACCCAACCCUCCAAUCCAACAAAUACCCGCUCCUGACGCCGUUCAAUGGGUAAAAAGACAUAUCAACAUAUCAUGGUCCCAGGUGUGGAACAACUUAUCUCAAAAUAAACUUAGGGAGAUAAAAAACACCACAGAAAGUUGA